CUGAUUAAGGGCAAGAGUAUGCCCUCACUCAGCAGCCUCAUUGAUGACCUGUCGUACCUGGGGUAUGUGGGUGAAGGUGGAGCAGACAGACGAGGUUUCCCUCACAUGAUAGGUACAACACAUCCCAUCAUCACUGUGACACAACACACACCAUCACCCAGUGAACAUGGAUGGCGAGACCAGGCAUCUCAGAGUGGAAGUAUUGAGGGUCAGGUCAUCUACCAGAGGCCUCCACUCUCUCGCUCCCAGACAGACUCCAAUAUACAAUAUUCACACGAGGAGGUGGUCGAGGCUCCCGGCUCUAUACACUACAUUACCCGUGAUGGACAUAUUAAUCUCUUUGUACUUCUUAAGGCUGCACAAUCAAUAGCACAUCGUGAUGCUCACGUGUGUUCUCUACGAGUGUGUGAAAUUCUCCUGCAUCUUCUCGACUUUCUCUUGGAUCUUGGGCUUCUCAAGACUCCCAAACGAUGGCAAAAAUUAGACAAGGACGAAGAGAGAAGUGAAGGUGAUUCCAAACUUCCUGAAAAGGACAAGGCGCAAAAACAUCAUUUCAUAUUUAUGGACACCAUUAUCAGGUAGAGUGUUCUCUCGUUGUUUCCAUACUUGA